GCCCGAUGAGAAGGCCGAGGAGGAGGAGGCUACCAGCCGAGGGGGGUAGCCAAUUCCCGGAGAGGAUUUUCUGUACUCGUUGUCUGAAUUCACGAAUACGUGAGGACAGCGAACGAAACUAGAUUUAAAGCAUGAUAAGACAUGACGCCCACUCCCACAGAAGAUCUUCCGUCGGGCCUGUGAGUGUCGGCAGGUUUCCCACCGCCGCCUCGCCUCCUCGGGGGAUCCUGCUGUCUUGAGUCCGUCCUGACCGACCCACGACACCGCCAGGCGAUGACAGCGGCUACAGCCACUCCGCAGGUGAUGAGAGACCGGCUGCUACAGGCCAUCGACGGCCAGAGCAAUCAGAUAUGCAACAUGGUGGUAGUUGUGGAGGUGAUCUCUUUUUUGGAGAAAUAUCCCAUCACCAAAGAGGCACUGGAGGAAACCCGUCUUGGCAAGCUCAUCAACGAUGUUCGGAAGAAAACCAAGAAUGAGGACCUUGCAAAAAGAGCCAAGAAGCUUCUGCGAAACUGGCAGAAGCUAAUUGAGCCAGGGAAGGAUGAGGUGUUGUCCAAAGGACACACUGGUGCAUCAUGGUCUUCCAAUGGUGGUGCUCAUCCCUGCAUCUCCACUCCAGCUGCCACCACACCAUCAGGUAAAACAGGUCCAGAGUUGAAGAACAGAAAUGACUUCAACAACUGCUACUCUCCAAGGGUGGAAAAACCAGGCAACAGGAAACGUAAGGCUAACCAGAGGGAAGGACAGCUCUUGCCAACCAAGAUAUCCAAAACAACUCUUAAUGAUAAAAUACAAAACUCAAAACAGCUGCCAACCAAUGGAAUUGGCAGUAGCUCUGAAAUUUUUACAGAUUCUCAUGCACAUCAGCCUUCAGACAGGGAGAUUUCUGAGCCUUUGGACAAUGACAGGCUAAAUAAAAUCCCUGUCAAUGCUGUUAAACCUCAUCCAAGUGCCCCGGUAUACAGCCAGCCUCUUAGCACUUCUUCUUUGCUAAAAGCAUCCGUUCUGCAGCAGCAAGCCAGACAGGAGCUAGCUGCCUCUGGAGGGCAGUAUCGACCCAGAACCCCUCGCUGUUCCUUGCAGAGUCCUCAAACUCCAAAGCAGGAAGCUGUUGUCAAACAAACUGCAACCCAAGCACAGAGUGAGCCUCGUCUUUCUAGCCCCACUCUGAGGCCUGGGUCUGUGGACACCUCUGGGCUGGGGCCUUCUCCUCAGGCUUUAAAUGUCUGUGUUCAGGGUUUGCACACUGACGGGUUGGGGUCUGCAGAUUUAGACUCUCAAAGCAGGCCUCCCAAUACGUCUCUUCACAAUUCAACUGCCUCCCCCUGCAGUGACGGGGUCAGUUUGGAAGAUGAUGGUGCUGUUGGCAAUACAGGGAAAAGGAAAAGACAGAAAUACAGGCCUAAAGACUAUGUGGUGAAUUUAGAUGGACAGACUGUAGUUGAUAGCACUAAACCAGUCAGGUUAAAAGAUAGGAGGCUGACAUUUGACCCUGUAACAGGGCAGAUCAAAACCUCCUUCCAUAAGGAGUCUUGCCAGGAGGGGGAGGUCAGACUGGGGCACAGACCUGAACCUCAGUGGUCAGAACAGCCGAAGCAGAAUCCAUCUGUCCCUCCCAGUCCCUUCCAGCAGACAGACUGGAAAGAGCUGUCGAGGAGCGAAAUCAUCCAGUCGUACCUUAGCCAGCAAAGCAAUGUGCUGACAUCAUCAGGCGCCCACACCCCGGGUGCACAUUUUUUCAUGACUGAGUUCUUGAAGAAAGAGGAACACCAAAGUAAAGACACCAAGGAAACACACGUGUUGGCACCAGAACGAUCAGCCAAGGAUUUACCAGGGGUUAGCAGAGAGGUCAACAACGAAGACCUCAGCAGAUUACAUGCACAACACUGGUCCGGAGUUAAUGGCUGCUAUGACACAAAGGGUAACUGGUAUGACUGGACGGAGUGCAUCUCCUUGGACCCACAUGGAGAUGAAAGCAGGCUGAACAUACUGCCAUACGUCUGUCUGGACUGAAACAGAGGUCAGGUUUCUGAAUUGGAAGGUGUAAGCUGCCUUCAUCGUACAUGUGUGAAGGCACUUCUGUAAGUGUAAGCUGCUGUUUUGCACUGUUAGUGAAAAUGGAAUAAAUAUGCUGCCUGCUCGGGUGUGUGUUGGAGCACAGGGUGUGUAAUCAGUGUUUUUAUGAGUUUGUGAACAUUGUGUGAGGACAGCACGAAGGGAAAAGGCUAUGCAUUAUCUGCCCAUGUAGUUGUUGGUGUUCAGUAACUGUAAAGAUUGAGAUUCCAAUACCUGCCCUUCUUUGUACUGUAGAGAAACAUCACAUUAAACUGCACAGCCACAAUUUAUUCAUCUUAUGUUAUCGACACGCCUUGCGGAAUGUGACAGAAUUUUCUGCUUCUUAUCAUAUUUAGUUCACAGUGCAGUAUUUUUUCAUUUCAAGUUUAGUUCAAUUUUAUGUUUUAAAAAAAUCUGUGACCUAGUGGGAUAUAUAAUUGGAACAUACAUUUGAGAGAUAAAUUUACCAGUGGUUUUUUGUUGGCAUUGGUCGUGUCUUGAACAAGGCUUUUUAGCUGUAAAAGCUGAAAUGAAUGCUAUAUUCAAGUAGCUAUCAUUACCAUAAGUAUUAACUGUUGUUGCUGUGAAAAAUAUUUCUCACUGCAGCUUUUAGAACCAUUUUUCCCCCAUUGCACGACUGUCUUAUGCUGCGACUUUUAGCAGAAUGAAUAACUGACAAAUCAGUCUUAAAACAUUGGAAUUUAUUAUAAUUUUUUUUUUUUUUGCGUUUUAAAUACUGUUAAAUAAAGUGACACGAAACUGCCAGAUGUGACUGUGCAGAAAAGAAAGGCUUGUAAUGGGCUAGAACGAUAUAAGCUGAUUAAAAAAAUGUGGCUGUCAUGUAUGAUAUUUAUUUACAUCCACAUAUUCAUUUUGAGAUUUAUAUACAUGUUCAGCCUACACUGAAUAAUCGUUUUCUUUACUCAGAAUCGGUUCAGUGACGCAGCAGUGGCAGUCCAGACUUUCCCUGCUGAUACACCAACCUAUCUUACACAGGGAAAUGCUCUAAAAUGACACAUUUUGAUAACGUGAACUAACUUUAUUUUAUACUUGCCUUUUCCCUUUACUGUGUAUUUAGGUUGUAAAAUAUGAAUUGAAAUGGCAGAGAGAUUACGCCACUAGCUUGCAUCUUUGUACUGUCAGGAAGAACUGAAAUAUAAAUUGACAUGCUGGAUAAAGUACUUAAUAUCAUUCCUUUAGAUAUUGUUUGCCUUAUGGAAACCUGUGUUUUCCCUAAAGACGGAGCCUUAGUGAAUGUACAGAAAUUAGCCUUUUGUGUUCAGUUGAAUGCAGAAGAGAACAUAUUUGCUACUUAGUCCUUUUAAGUGGACAUGUUGAUAUGUGUUAAUAAAAAAAUUAAGGAACUGUGA